AUGCCGCCGCAUUCCGCCACUCCAUCUUCACCUGUAGCGACCGCCGGCGUGCGCCGCGAUCUGCUGCUGUAUGUGAACGGAGAGCGCAUCGAGAUCUCCGAGAGGGACGUGCACCCAGAGCAGACGCUAUUGCAGUUCCUGCGCCAUGAUUUAGGGCUCGCCGGCACCAAGCUCGGCUGUGGUGAGGGAGGCUGUGGCGCAUGUACCGUCAUGGUCUCCAAGUUCGACGUAGCCACUGGACGCGUCCGUCACGUGUCGGUGAACUCUUGUCUGGCCCCAUUUUGUGCCAUGGACACUUGCGCCGUCACCACCGUUGAAGGUGUAGGCACCAUAACAGGAGCCACAGGCGAAGCCACAGGGCUCCACGAGGUACAGAAGGUACUAGCCGAGUCACACGCCUCACAAUGUGGCUACUGCACACCCGGCUUCGUCAUGGCGCUCUACUCGAUGGUCAAACAACGCGAGUCAGGCGUGGAGCUCACGAUGGAAGACAUCGAGCACGGAAUGGACGGUAAUUUGUGUCGCUGUACAGGCUACCGUCCCAUCUUGGACGCAGCCAAGAGCUUCGGUGACGAUGCGGGCGAGGCACAUUGCAAGGGUACGUGUCCAGGUUGUCCCAAUGCCAAAAAUGGCGACGCAGACGUUGAUAUCGAGGAUUUACACGGCGAUAACCAUCAAGAAGUCACAAGUUGCUCCUCUCGAAAGAUCCGAGAGCUCGCUAAACAUUGUCAGCUUCGUGAAAAGCACGACGUUGACACCGUAACAGGUGCCUCAAAGAACACAAAGGCUUUGGCGGUAUCUUCGUUCCCCAAUGAGUUGAUGGAGAAGGCGAUGGCACCUCAAACGCUGCAGAUCGACGGUAAAUAUAUCCAAUGGUUCGCUCCUGUGACCAUCACACACCUUCUCCAGCUCAAAAAGCAACAUCCUGAUGCCAAAAUCUCCGUGGGGAACACGGAAAUGGGGAUCGAGACCAAAUUCAAAGGCUUCAAGUACGCACAUCUGAUCAACGUGAGUCGCAUUCCUGAACUCGUGGCCACCAAAGACGUGACACAAACAGAUCCUAUCAACCAGACUGUGUUCUCUGGAGCUGAGCCCUUCGAAGGCGUGAAGCUCGGUGCGGCCGUGACACUCACAGACGUCAAGCAGCAAUUGUCGGAGCUUAUCAAGACAAUGCCGGUCUAUCAGACACGUGCCUUUGAGUCGAUCGUCAAGAUGCUCAAGUGGUUUGCUAGCACACACAUCCGAAACGUGGCGUGUAUCGCCGGUAACCUCGUCACAGCCAGUCCAAUCUCCGAUAUGAAUCCUUUACUUGCAGCUAUGAAUGCGUACAUCGAGCUGCAAUCUACACGAGGCACCCAAUACACUCGCGUUCGUGACUUCUUUCUCUCCUAUCGUAAGGUAGGAAUGGAGCCGGACGAGAUCAUCACGGCUGUGUAUGUUCCAUACACCAAGAAAUGGGAAUACAUGCUCCCGUUCAAGCAGGCACGUCGUCGAGAGGAUGAUAUCAGUAUCGUAACUGCGGGAAUUCGCGUGAGAUUGGAGUGUUCAGGAGAUAAUGACGCGUGGAUUAUCCAAGAUGCAUCUGCGGUGUACGGCGGCAUGGCACCGAUCACGAAAUCUGCCGCGGAGACGGAGCAGUUUCUUAUUGGCAAGACAUUUAAUGCGUCGACAUUUGGUGAAGCGUGUGACGUGCUACACUCGAGCGAUUUCGAGCUCCCUGACGGCGUUCCAGGCGGUAUGGCCAAGUACAGGGAGAGCUUAUGUUCGUCAUUCUUAUACAAGUUCUACGUGGCGUCGUCUGAGCGACUUCAACUUGAUUUACAAGCGAUAAAGGCUACAGGUUCGCUGCUGUCUGAUGCUCCAGUUGUUGAUAGUACGAUGCAGUCAGCAGGGACGUCGUUCCUGCAUCAAGUACGUCCUGUAUCGCAUGGCACUCAGAGGUUUGGAAGGGAGACUGGAGGUCUACAAGACUCCAAGCAUCAACCCAUAGGUGACGCCAAGACGAAGAGAGGACCAGUGGGAGACCCACUUAUGCACAAGUCGGCGUAUUUGCAGGUAAGCGGCGAAGCGUUGUACACUGAUGACAUCCCAAACACACCCGGAACGCUUCAUGGUGCGUUGGUAUUGUCUACUUGUGCUCACGGACUUAUCAAGAGUAUCGACGCAAGUGAAGCUCUGGCUAUGGAAGGAGUUCAUCGCUUCUUUGACGCCUCCGUUUUCGAGACGGAAAAGCUGGGAUCGAAUAAAAUUGGUCCCGUAUUGAAGGACGAGGAGUGUUUUGCUUCAAAGGAGGUACUUUGUGUCGGUCAACCGGUUGGAAUUAUCAUUGCAGAUACACACGAGCUAGCGAUGGCAGCUUCGGAUCAAGUCCAGGUCGUUUACGAGGAAUUACCGUCUGUGACCACGAUUGAAGAAGCUAUUCGAGAGAAGUCGUUCAUUCUUCCAGCACAUACAAUUAACAGCGGCAAUGUCGAGACAGGACUAGCCGAGUCGGACAUUGUGCUGGAAGGCGAGGUGCAUAUGGGUGGGCAAGAGCAGUUCUACUUCGAGACCAACGUGUCGCUUUGCACGCCUCAAGAGGGUGGCAUGAAGGUCAUCUCGUCCACACAAGCUGCAACGAAGGCGCAAGUGUUAGUCGCGAGAGUCCUCGGGAUCAACUCGAACCGUAUUACCAGUACGACGAAACGUAUUGGAGGUGGCUUUGGUGGAAAAGAGACUCGUACUGUGUUUGUUACGUGUGCAGCUGCAGUCGCGAGUCACGUCAUGAAGAGACCAGUUAAGUGUCUCCUGGAACGUCAUGUCGACAUGUUAACUACUGGCGGUCGACACCCAUUCUACGCGAAAUAUAAGGUCGGUAUCAAGCAAGAUGGGACCAUUUUGGCGCUAGAUGUGGAUAUCUACAACAACGCAGGGUAUUCGAUGGAUCUGUCGUUAGCAGUUAUGGAUCGUGCGCUUUUCCAUUGCGAGAACGCGUACAAGAUCCCGAAUCUUCGUUGCCAUGGUACUGUCUGCCGCACUAACCUUGCAACAAACACUGCUUUCCGUGGCUUUGGAGGUCCCCAAGGUCUGUUUAUCGCAGAGACGUACAUCGAUCACAUCGCACGUACACUGAAACUCAGUCCAGAAGACGUACGCACUCGUAACAUGUAUGUGGAAGGCCAGACGACCCACUUUGGUCAACCUCUGGAGGAUUUCAACUUGCGGACAUUAUGGCAACACACGAUCGAUCGCAGUGGCUUUGAAGCCAAGAAAGCAGAGGCAGAGGUAUUCAACAAGAACAAUCGUUGGAAGAAGCGCGGCGUUGCGAUCUUGCCCACCAAGUUCGGGAUCAGCUUCACGUCCAAGUUUAUGAAUCAGGGUGGCGCGUUGGUUCAUGUGUAUGCUGAUGGCAGUGUACUGGUAUCACACGGCGGUGUUGAGAUGGGACAAGGUCUGCAUACAAAGGUCAUUCAAGUGGCUGCACGAGCCUUUGGCAUCUCACACGAACUGGUUCAUAUCGAGGAGACGUCGACGAACAAAGUCCCGAAUUCCCAGCCGUCAGCAGCUUCCAUGAGCACGGAUCUGUAUGGAAUGGCUACAUUGGAUGCGUGUGAGCAGAUCUUGGCACGUCUGGCUCCAGUACGUCAACGUCUCGGCCCCGAUGCCUCGUUUAGUGACGUCACUAAUGCCGCCUACUUUGAACGUGUCAACAUGUCGGCACAAGGGUUCUACAUCAUUCCGAACGAACGUUGUGGCUACGAUUUCUCCAAGUCUGUUGAUGAGAAUAUUGCAGUGGGUACAGCGUUUAACUACUUCACGACCGGCGUGGCUUGCACUGUUGUGGAGCUGGAUGUGCUUACUGGAGACUUCCACAUGUUGAGCGUGGAUAUCUUGAUGGAUCUCGGCGCUAGUAUCAAUCCUGCUAUUGACAUUGGCCAGAUUGAAGGCGCAUUCAUGCAAGGAUUCGGCUUGUUCGCACUGGAAGAGCUGGUGUGGGGAGACAAUGGACACCCGUGGGUGAAGCGAGGAAACCUGUUUACUCGAGGACCGGGAGCAUACAAGAUCCCGAGUGCUAACGACGUGCCGCUGGACUUUAAUGUGUGGCUCGAGUCGAACCAGAAGAACAAGUUCGCAGUCCACUCGAGUAAAGCCGUCGGAGAGCCACCACUGUUCUUGGGCUCCAGUGCCUUCUUCGCGGUCAAGGAGGCGAUUUACUCUGCUAGAGCAGAUGCUGGUCACCACGGAUACUUUGAGCUGCGUAGCCCCGUGACACCGGAACGAGCUCGAAUGGCUUGUGCUGACGAGAUGCUGAAGAAAGUGUUUACGGCACGUGGAGGCGACAUGGUGAGCUACCAGCCUAGUGGAAGCUUCUAA